AUUAUUAUAAUUUAUUAAUUUUAGAAAAUAAAUCCAUUUUGGUGCAGAGAAAAGUAGUCCUCACACAAACAACACUGUUCUCUUUUCUUCACCACAGCAAAUGGCCAUGGCGCCCCUUUUGUCUUUAGAUUUAUUUUUAUAUCAUAUAAUUGAAACAAAAUAAAACCCUCUCUUCAUCUUCCAUGAUCAUUCUACUCUAGUUUCUAAGCUCUCUCUUUUUCUACUAUCUCUUUCUUUGUUUUUUUUUUUAUUACUCAUGAAUUUUGGUUGCUAAUAAUAACGGAGAUGAUGACUGUAACAAAAAAAAUGGAGAUGAUGACACGGUGAAAGAACCAAAACAAACCACCCAAUAAAAACCGUAACCCGUCGAAACCGUCACCCGAAAAAACCGACGUCAUGAACGGACGGAAUUGGGCUUAAACUGUCCAACCGUGGUUUCGAUUGGAUUGGUCUUUUCGGUCCGCCGCCGACCGAAUCCGACCCCUUGUGUUGGAGUCACCACUGAAAUCAAAACGCAGGCGCAGAAACAAUCGUUCAGAAUCUCCACUCCAACCCUUUUCAUUCUGAAAUUCCAUAAAGUCACCCCCAUGCGAUCAAUAUAUCGUCUUGUUGUUCGUGAUCGCUUUGGCAUAUGUACUAUGGCUCUGGUGUCGAGAACUUUAUUUUCUUCUUUAGCAACAUAUCACGCUGCAGAAGCUAGAGACUUUUGGCAUAAAGAACAAACUCAAGACCUUACAAGAUCUGUGGACAUUCUUACUACAAAAAUUGGCAAAGGUAACAGCGAGGACGACAUUCUCCAAUCUCUAAUCAGUGAUGAAGGAGUAAAUGGCAUACAUUUGUCUGAAAACCUCAUUAAUAGGUUGCUAUUUCGAUAUAAGGAUGAUUGGAAGUCUGCAUUGGCGAUAUUCAGAUGGGCCGGUUCACAUUCAAACUUUAAACAUUCGCAACAAUCGUAUGAUAUGAUGGUAGAUAUAUUGGGUAGAAUGAAGGCGAUGGACAAGAUGAGAGAGAUCUUAGAAGAAAUGCGUCAGGAGAGUCUCAUCACUCUCAAUACCAUAGCCAAGGUAAUGAGAAGGUUUGUUGGGGCAAGACAGUGGAAAGAUGCUGUGAGGAUAUUUGAUGACUUGCAAUUUCUCGGCUUGGAGAAGAAUACAGAAUCCAUGAAUGUGUUGCUUGAUACUCUUUGCAAAGAAAAAUUUGUUGAACAAGCUCGCGAAAUUUACUUGGAGCUGAAGCAUUACAUUGCUCCAAACGCUCACACGUUUAACAUACUUAUUCAUGGAUGGUGCAAUAUCCGACGCGUUGAAGAGGCACAUUGGACAAUCCAAGAGAUGAAAGGAUAUGGUUGUCGCCCUUGUGUUAUAAGUUAUUCCACCAUCAUUCAAUGUUAUUGUCAAGAACAGAAUUUCGACAGGGUUUAUGAUCUUCUCGAUGAAAUGCAAGCUCAAAAUUGCUCCCCGAAUGUGGUCACAUAUACUACUAUAAUGUGCGCACUCGCAAAAGCAGAAAAAUUUGAAGAAGCUUUACAAGUUGUCGAAAGAAUGAAUGCUGUUGGAUGUAGGCCUGAUACACUCUUUUUCAAUUCGCUCAUUUAUACAUUGGGGAGAGCAGGCAGAAUAGAUGAUGCUACACAUGUAUUCAAGGUUGCGAUGCCGAAGGCCAGUGUGGCCCCAAAUACAUCGACCUAUAACUCAAUGAUUUCUAUGUUUUGUUACUAUGCACAAGAAGAGAGAGCUUUUGGCAUACUGAAGGAGAUGGAAAAAUCAGGUCUUUGUAAGCCUGAUAUUCAGACUUAUCACCCAUUGAUCAAGUCAUGCUUUAAAAUGAGGGAAAUAGAUACUUGGUUGAAUGAUAUAUUAAAUGACAUGGUAAAUAAAUAUCAUAUUGGUCUUGACCUUUCAACCUAUACAUUGCUAAUUCAUGGGCUUUACAGAGCAGAUAGAUGCAAGUGGGCAUUCGAUCUGUUCGAGGAGAUGGCUGAUCAAGAUAUCGUGCCUAGAUACAAAACUUGCCGUUUGCUCUUGGAUGAAGUCAAACAGAAAAAUAUGCAUCUCGCUGUUGUGAAAAUUGAGGUUCUUAUGAAGAAACUUUAAAUGUGGGAGUCUCUUUGGUAUGUAUGUUUCUGAAUAUAAUCGAAAACUCAAUCACAUUCCAAGUAUUUGAGAGACUUGGUUAUCAUCUCAGUCUCGGCAUCUUGUUUGGUUGGAGAGGAGAAAGUGGGAAGAGAGAAAGAAACAUGUAAGAACGAUAGAGUUGAGAAAGAGUGAAUCUUUUGAGAAAGAGUCGAAUCUUUUUGGCGAUUUCAUGGUUGUGAAUGUCUGGAUUGCAGCUCUGAUUUGAAGUUUAUAUAUAUAAGGAUUUAAUUAUAUCAGUGUUGUGUAUUUCAUUUUCAGUUGCAUUUAAAAUUUCAAACUGGAAGAGGUAGCUUUAGGUUCUGUAGUUGAAUUGUCUCGUCUCAUUUAUGCUCCUGCUACCAAAUUAUUUUAAAGAAAGUUCCACUCUAAUUAAAUAUGAGAAAACAAGAGGUGCAAUGAACAUAAAAGUUUGGUAAUUAGCUUAGCCCAAUAAUCAAUAUUCUCUGCAUCCAGUAUAGAUUAUUUUGAAUCUUAUAGUUUUAUGCAUCUCUUUCAUAUAUUAGGACAAUUUAAACUGAAUGCUAGCCUCAAGACAAUUUAUCUCUAAAAAAAGUGUCACUGUGUGAUAGAGACAGAGUUGAUGCCAAAGUUUGCAUUUGAUAGGCCAGUUUCUGUCGGUUAAGAGGUUAAUGUGUUCAUUAUUUGUUAUUGUUAUUGUUAGUUAGAGUUAUGGCUCAACAGCUUGAAUGACCAACGUUUUCUAGGAUAGAAACACCGGAGUGAUGGGUAUUUCUAUGAAACCAGAAAACAAAAAGAAUGAUGAAGGUCUGAAAUCAGGAACCAUAUUCUUUGGAAGGAAAAAGAAGCAGAUUAUAGGAGAAAACAAACCAGAGAGAAAAAAAAUGCUGAAUUAGUUAGGGUGGAGGAAAUGAAAGACAGCGAGGGUAACUUUUUUUUUUUAUGAAGAAGAAGACAAUGAGGGUAACAUAGAUCUAGUUGCGAUCAAGAAUCAAGAGAUGUUGGUUUUUUCUAGAGGAAUUGAAUAGUUGGAACGGUGGGAUCCUGGUAGACAGCAACAUACAACUAUUAACAGUUCCACUGUUGGGCUUUAAACCGUGGGACCUGGGAAAAUUAUCUCAAGAGGCUAUUUGCUUUUCAUCUUGAGGACAAGAUGAAGGUUAAGGGGGAGUAUUGACAAGUCAGUUGCUGCUUGUGUUAGACAAGAUUAAAAAUUUAUCCGCAAUGGAAGUGAAUAUUGUUCGCCCAUUUAUUGGGAGAGCUUUACAAGCAUGAUAGUUCAGAUUUGAUCCCAGACCCAGAGCGAGUUUCAGAUAGACGGCAACAAGUUGCCCACAAUGCCCCAAGAAGGCAACUACGAAGAUAGUUAUGUAUAACUUGUUCGGCAGCAAGACUUCUAGAUUGCUAAAUCUGACUGGCUUCAAAGGUACAUCAUUUCCUGAGAAGUACUUGGGAGAUAUUUUUGCUGCUGCUUUCAUUGUAAAAUAGGUAGCUUGUGACUUUAGUUGAAUCUUCAGAGACCAAUGUUCUCCAAAUUUUCGUCACUGUUGGUUAAGUAUCAGAAAAAAGAAAACGCACUUUAUAGGGAUUUAACAUAGUUAAGCCCUUUUUAUUUUUAUUUGGUUAAUUUGAAGUAUGAGAUUCAAACAUUGUGUGUAAUGUAAACUUAUAUGAAUCAGAGAAUUCACUACUGUUUGUUUACUGAGUUGAAGUGCAAGAAGUUUCCACUUCCAAUUUAUAAACUAGAA